GAACCCACCUAAUUUGAUUAUAUCAUAACAUAUAGUUUUAUUUCAUAUUAUUCCCAUUUAUAUAUCAUAGUCUGUCCUUGAGGCAUCAGCAUGCAACUCAUUUUUGUGGUCGUGAGUUUGUCACCCGUCACCCCUUAAAACUUUAUAAUAAAAUUAAAUCCGAAUACUUUAAAUAGCAACCUCAACCUCAUCACAUCUUAUUUUUAUUUUUAUACUUUAUGUUAUAAAUUUUCUCUUAUCAUCUCUUUUCAGUUUUCACUCACAAAUUAUAUUUUUCCCUCAAAACAUGCCAAGUGGCUCACCGUUACCAAACAACACCAACGCUAAUUACUCCUUUGAGGAGUUCCUCCGCGGUUGGUGCCACCGCUUGGACCGCCUCUCCGCCGAGAUCACCGCCGCUGUCGAUACGAAGGAUGGCAAAGCGAGCCAGAUUGAGGACAUGGAUGCUAGGCUACUAAUAGCGCGAGCUCUCGGUCAUUUUGAGGAGUACUAUGAGCACAAGUCUCGUGCUGCUCAUCUCAAUGGAUUUGCUCUUUUCUCCCCUAAUUUUUGUUCGUCAUUUGAAUGUGCUUUUCUUUGGGUUGCCGGGUUUCGGCCUCGGGUUCUUUUGCACCUCGUCUCCAACUCCGUUCACGAUUUGUCAGCUCAGCAGACUCAAGCGCUUGACAGGCUGAAAAGAGAUACAAGAAUAAAUGAAAAGGCAGUGGAAGACGAGCUAGCAAGGAUACAAGAGACAGCAGCAGCACCACCACUAAUUGAUGCCAUGCGGGAGGCUGCAUGGCUAUCAGAAGGGCAAUCCUUAACAACAACAAAUGAGCAAAUACAACACUUGAAUGCAUCGCUUGAAGCUGUCAUAGCUAAUGCCGACUCCUUGAGGGUGACAACGGGAGCUAAAGCAGCCGAGAUUUUGAGGCCAACUCAAUGUUUGAGGUUCUUGGUAGCUGCUAUGAGACUAAUGCAAAGAAUGAGGAGUACAGGAAUGGAAAGAGAUAAUCUUGGAGGAGACUUGGAUAGAAGUAACAUAAAUAUAUAUAUAGGUUGAUGCUUCAUUUUCGAUUAUUUUAAAAAGAAAAUAAUGCAGCUAAUAUUGAAAUAGAUUUAAAAAUAAUUAUAAAAUAUAUAUAAUUAUAGUUUUGUACGAAGUAUGUUACUAUGAUUGUGACUAGCAUAGAUAAGUUGGAUGAUAAAAGAAAGCCCAGAAAAACAGAAGAAAAGAAAAAAGAACAAACCUCUUGUGAUAUUCCAGAGGGGUUUGUCAUGGUAUAGUAGUACUCCUAUAUGUCCUAUAGUAGGUUGAUUGUUGUUUUUAAGCCUUUGAAAAAAAAAAGGUUUGUCUCAUAUUUUAUGGUUGUUUUUGAAAAAUUGAAAUUUCUUUAUGUUAGAGAGAUGUAUUAGAUUAUAAGGGUUAUGAAAUUAAGUACAAUGUGGGUAUGAUGUAAUGUUUGUGGUCUAUUACUUUGUACGAAACCAAUGUACAAUUUUUUUUUCUCAAAGGAGGGUAUUCUAAGAUGUAUUUUCAUCAUGCCUAUGUAUGUUUAUACAUGACAAAACUUAAUUUAAACCAACAAGAUCAAAAGAAAUAAUAAUUAUAAAAUUGAAUUAUUUAAUAUUGAAAAGAACAACAUCCAAAUUCAGAAUGAUAUAUCAAUAUAAAUUACA